AGCAAGGCCCAAGCCCAGGCCGACUCUGGAAGCCUCGUCGAAGGCUGCUUAUUACCGCCCUCUGGCCCUACAGGCUACAGCUUAGCUUGUAAGUUGUCGGUCAGGCAGUCGCAGUCAGGCUACAGCUUGGUGGGUGAGCACUGACGCCCGCCUGCAUGCCCGCUGCACCCUGAGCUCAUCAUCAGUCCAAAACAAAUCCCCGAAUCAAGUGCCUCCUCGCUUGCUCGCCCGUUGACCCUGGCACUAGCCUGGGCUGAGCUCGGCAAGCAGGGCCCUCCCCUCGACGCAACCUUUUCACACCUCGUCGAAACUGGGAACCACCCCUGCGUGACCUUUUGUUGUUGUUUCUACACAGCAACAGUACUAAGGACUCAGUAACUAGGCCGGGGUGCAACGGCCCUCUUCAUCAUCAACCCUCAACCCUCGUCGCUCGCCCUGCCACCCGACUUUUGUACUUCUAUUCCAGUCCACCCAAAAACUCCACCCCGUCUUGUCUUCAGGCACCACUUUCUCGUCCUGUUCCUGUCCACUUACUUCAGGCCAGACCUGCGACCAUCCGCCCAGAAUAGCCAGUCUGCUCGUCCCUUUUUCCUCACUGCAUCUGCUUGCGCAACUCCUCGGGAAACCUUAAAACCCCACCAGAGAACGGCACUUGCACUCACGACUGCCUUCACGACUUGCGAAUCACCCACACAGUUCCAAGGCAUCACAGACUAGUUACCCAUCAUGGCAGUCCUCUUUACCAUCGGGUUCGUCUUCUGGCGAUUCAUGGAGAUCAUCACCCUGAUCCCCACGAUGGGCAUGUUGGCCUAUUUCGUCAAUGGCUUUGUCAACGCCAACGCGUUGACGCCAAACUACAUCUUGAUAUUAUUCAUAGUAUCGGUGUUAGCCCUGGCGUGGGCUAUAUUCACACUCUUCUCCUACCACAGGAGCAGCUCCAAUGCGCUAUUCGUCGCAGUAAUUGAUCUCGGAUUUGUCGGCGCGUUCAUCGCAGCCGUCUACUACCUCCGAUUCAUCGCGGGCGCCAACUGCACCAGCGUCUCGAGCUCGAGCUACGAGGUCGGCUUUGGGCCCCUCGGCACCUUCAGCGGCAACGGCUUCUCCAUCGACACCAACAAGUGGUGCGCCAUGCUCAAGGCCUGCUUCGCCUUCGGCAUCAUGAACUGCAUCUUCUUCUUCUUCACCGCCGUCCUGGCCUGGUUCCACGGCGAGCGCGUCGGCAAGGACACCCGCUACUACCGCGAGACCCACUACUCGCGCCGCGGCCACCGCAGGCACAGCACCGGCAGCAGGCGCAGCAGCCGGAGGCGCAGCUCCCACUCCCACCGCCGCGUCUACGUCUAGGAGCACUCGCCCGGCGGCGGCGUGGAGUCCGUCAGGCUCGCGUUUCCUUGAGGGGAGAGGGAGGCGUCUUGGAUUCCUGGGAAUGUCGGGGUGGACGGCCAAAGAGUUAUGAUUGUUUGAUUAUGCGAUACUACUACUACUACUAUACGGGCAAGGGGGUCAUGAAAUGUGUCACUACUAAUGAGACGGCGAUUUGAGAUGGCAGGUGCGGGUGGGUGGUCACGAUACCUUUGGAGGAAUACCAGGAUACCUGUUUCUUGUUUUUGUUUUGGGGUUUUGGAUUGAUGACUUAUGAUGACACGCAUCUCGAGCAGGAACUUUGGGAAGCUGGUCCGUCUGGCCUCGCGGCCCGUUCAUCUUGCAAGACUUCACUUCGAGGUAUUGUUUGAAAAUAAACUGUAUUGCGAAGA